AUGACAGCUACCGAAGAAACAGAGCCAUUGAUAUCCACAACGUUAGCAUCUUCUGUUAGUAAGACUCAAAGAGUCACUUAUCAUACAAUUUCUCUCAAAGAUAAUGAAAGGAAUACAUUGCACGGCGGAAACUCGGAGAAUUCCUUUGAUCUCAAGCCGAUUUCGAGUUCGUCGACAGUCGCAGAUUUUAACAAUGAAAAUUUUGGCAACAAUAUUACGUAUACGUGGAGCGAUGUAAAUGUGUAUCGCAGCGUGAAAAAAGACAGAAUUUGGGAUCGGCUGAUGUUUAGGACCAAAAAAUUCGUUGCGCAAAAACACAUAUUAAAAGACGUGUACGGAGUAGCUUACCCUGGUGAAUUAUUCGUAAUUAUGGGUGCGUCAGGCGCAGGCAAGACCACCUUGUUGAACGCAUUGACGUUUCGUUUAACAAACGGACUGUCUGCAUCCGGUCUGAUGGCCGCCAAUGGCCAAAGGAUAUCACCGGGCAUCCUUACCUCGAGGAUGGCUUAUGUGCAACAAGACGAUUUAUUUAUUGGCACGCUUACCGUGACGGAACACCUAAUGUUCCAAGCGGCAGUGCGAAUGGAUCGGCAGAUUCCUCGUAAUCAGAGAAUUAAGCGAGUUAAUGAAGUCAUUGAUGAGCUCGCCCUGUCGAAAUGCCGAAAUACAGUGAUUGGAAUAUCCGGUAGGGUGAAGGGCCUCUCGGGAGGCGAGAUGAAGAGAUUGUCUUUCGCUUCCGAGGUACUGACCGAUCCUCCAUUGAUGUUAUGCGAUGAGCCAACAUCGGGUUUGGAUUCCUUCAUGGCUUAUCAGGUUGUUUCCAUUCUGAAAGCAUUAGCGGCACGUGGUAAAACGAUCAUCGUUACUUUACAUCAACCAUCUUCGGAGCUGUUCGCUCUGUUUGAUAAGAUUUUACUGAUGGCCGAAGGAAGAGUUGCCUUCAUAGGCACAGCUGCGCAAGCUUAUACUUUCUUCAAAACGCUCGGUGCUGCUUGUCCAAGCAAUUACAAUCCCGCUGACUUCUUUGUGCAAAUGUUAGCCGUGGUACCAGGACGUGAGCAGACUUGUAAACACGCGAUCGAAAUGACAUGCGAUACCUUCCGGAGAAGCGAAUACGGUGUAAAUAUCAUUCUGAAGGCAGAGGUUGUCCACGGUGAAUUAGAGGACACUCUCAAACGGUUCAACCAUUUCAAGAACUCCAGAUCGGUUUACAAAGCCAGCUGGUGUGAGCAAUUUCGCGCGGUUUUAUGGCGAUCUUGGUUGUCGGUGAUUAAAGAACCGAUCCUCAUUAAAGUCCGCUUCCUACAGACUAUCAUGGUCUCGCUGUUGAUCGGCGUCAUUUACUUCGGCCAACAAAUAGAUCAGGACGGCGUGAUGAACAUCAAUGGCGCUCUAUUCAUUUUCCUUACCAAUAUGACUUUCCAGAAUGUCUUCGCAGUCAUUAACGUGUUCUGCGCUGAGUUGCCGAUAUUUCUGCGCGAACACAGAAACGGUAUGUAUCGUACCGAUGUCUACUUCAUCUGCAAGACGUUAGCAGAAACGCCGAUAUUUUUAGCGAUACCGCUGAUCUUCACUGCUAUUGUUUAUCCCAUGAUCGGCCUUUAUCCAGACGUAAAACACUUCUUCAUCGCUACUGCUGUAGUAGCUCUCGUAAGCAACGUGUCGACUUCAUUCGGCUAUUUAAUAUCUUGUAUCACCAACCGUAUAUCUGUGGCCCUCUCCGUUGGUCCCCCAGUUAUAAUUCCGUUCUUGCUUUUUGGCGGCUUUUUCCUAAAUACAGCAUCCGUACCAUCUUAUUUCAUGUGGUUUUCGUAUUUAUCUUGGUUUCGUUACGGCAAUGAGGCACUUUUAAUCAACCAAUGGUCAGACGUCGAUUCUAUAGCGUGCACCAAAAGCAAUGUGACAUGUCCAAAAUCGGGACGCAUGAUUCUCCAAACUUUCAAUUUCAAAAAAGAGGACUUCUGGAUGGAUAUUGUCUGCUUGUUUGCGCUUAUCAUCGCGUUCCGUUUUCUGGCAUUUUUUGCGCUACUGUCAAAAACUUUCCGCUCAAAGUAGUUUUAUAUAUCAUC